UCUUACGUGAAUGACAGCGAGACAGACUGUCGGUAUCACACUUUCCCGUGCAGACCAAAUGGUAACGUCACAACUGUCUCGGUUCUGCUAAAACAAGUAAUUAAUAUUUACAGUUUCCAGUGGCUUGUAUAAGACAUGGACAUCCUGUAGAAUGACCAGAACAAAAGAGACCCGGGGAAGGACCGUUUUAAAAGGUAUUCCGAUCGAAAGACUUCUCGAGGAUUACGCAGAGUGCCGCUGCCAGAGACAUCGGGUCUUAUAUAAAACUGAUGGGUCAUCUAAACGUCGGCCAUGAAUAUGCUUCAUUCAACAGAGGUCUCGAAAGUCACCAUCAGCAAAGUCGAUCUGUGAAAAUCAUAUUUAACCUUUUAUUUUGUCAGUUGCUUAAUUAAAUGCGUCGUGUUUGGAUACUCGUUUGUGAUUUCAAAAUAAACCUAACGAACUACUUUUCUGCAGUUUUUAAACGUACGUUUUUUUGUUGUUUUUUUUUUUUUUAAUUUUCAACUUGAAAUGCUAACAUUGCGAGAUGUGUUAUGUAUUAUUUUGGCAGAAGUUAGACACCUUACUUUUGCUUUACUGAGAAAUGAACCACCAGUCAUUUAAAGGUUGUCUUGGGCCUAGCAGUGGUGAAUGGGAAAUGAAUUGUUUUCCGGAGGAGUGUAUAUAAAUAUUUAGCCUUGUCUCCUUUAAUAUUGAAUUUCGCCAAUAUUCCGAGAUCGUGUUGUAUUAAAGGUGGGGUUUUUGUUAAUUAACUGAAAACACGACUGCAUCAGGUUAUAUGUAAUUUUGGAUUCCAUGCAUUCGAACAGAAUCCUAUACGCUCCUUUUUUACCGCUUUCCUAAAAAUAAUUAGAAUUUCAUGUGGAGUAGCAGAAAAUGGAUUCUGGGAUUCAAAAUCACGCCGAACAUUAUGUGCACGACCUCUCUAACCCGACCGCACCGGGUUUGUGUGCGGAAAUGCUCGGGGUGGCGGACGAGGCGUGCCGGGCAGGAGACUUCGAUCUGGCCGCGGAGAUAUAUUCCUCUCAGCUAGCCGAGCUUGAGCACACCGACCGUGGCCUCUGUCUGCGGAAAGCUGAUGCCCUGGCCCGUGGGGGACGCAUAGCCGAUGCAUUGGACUCAUACUGCAUCGCUGCAAAUCUUCAGGCACUGAGACCCAAUGAAUUGCAGGUUUUAGUUGAAGUUAUAGCGCAUACGAUACGUACAAAAGAGCAGUGUGACAGUAAGACAAUAAGCGUGGGUUCUUACUCAGAAAACAGAUGUUUUGAAAGUGACGAGUUAGAUGAAGAGCAGAACUUAGACUUGUUUUCAUGUCGCCUUUGCAAGUGCUUGUUAACGGAACCGACGUCUUUGGUGUGUGGGCACACUUUCUGUAAGCGCUGUCUGGAAGAUGACUUGACGAAAGAGUGCAGAAGCUGUCGUUUAAAAACGAACAAAUCACCAAGAGAAUUAAAUGUGGACGGACUCAGAGUAAAUGUUAUUGUCAGUGGCUUGAUUGACAAGUGGUUCAAUUCGGAAAGCAAAGCGAGACGAUACUGGUUGGAAGGGGAAAUUCUUUGGAAAAAACGAGACUUAUCCAACGCCAUACUGAAGUUCAACGAGGCGAUGGCACUAGAGCCCUCUAUAUGUAGGCUCCUGGCUCGGCGGGCAGAGCUGCUUAUGGAAAUGACAAAUUUCAGCCAAGCAAUCAAGGAUGCAGACACCAUGUGCCGACUCCGUCCCCUGUGGGCAAAGGCUCACUACAUUAAGGCUGCAGUGUUCAGGGGCGCCGGCCGCAGUGAAGAGGCUCUACAGGAGUAUUUCUACUGUGUGGCUCUGAAAUCUGACUGGAUUGCUGUAAAACUGGAGGCUCAGAAGAUCCUGAGUCACAUGUUCUCAUCAGUCUUUGUGAAUGAGGGUCUGGCUACGUUCCUGCAACCCCUUCCGGCUGGCCCCUCCCCUCGUAUCAAACCCUCAUCCCUCCUCAGUUCUCUUCACUCCUCUCUUCCUAGAGAUGGAGCCAAAGCAGGCUCCUCCAAGGAACCAACACUCAGUUGCAGUAAUUUCAAGGAUGAGAAAACUUCUAUUUUAAAAAGAUCUGAAAACGUAAAAACUGUUGGCCUCUCUUCACUUUUUGUUCCACCCGUCCAAAAAAGGAAAUGGACAGAAGAUGCUAAGGACUUUGAGCCACCCAGCAAACAGCUCAAAGAAGACAAGGCGACUUCAUCCGAAACUCUCCCUACUUUUUCUCGGGAAAGGCAAGUUCCAUCACAACUUUUGGACAGUGCAGACUUUGAAUGUUCUCUCUGCAUGAGACUGUUUUAUGAGCCUGUCACCACACCCUGUGGACACACUUUCUGCCUCAAGUGUUUAGAGCGCUGCUUGGACCACAACCCUAACUGUCCCCUGUGCAAGGAGAACCUCUCUGAGUAUCUGGCCACUAGAGCGUACAACAUAACUUUUCUAAUGGAAGAAGUAUUGCAGCGCUACUUGUGUGACGAGUUAGCAGAAAGGCGAAAAGUACAUGAAGAAGAGAUGAAAGAACUGUCAAACUUGAACCAGGAAGUGCCCAUCUUUGUUUGCACCAUGGCAUUUCCUACCAUUCCCUGCCCACUGCAUGUUUUUGAGCCUCGAUACAGGCUUAUGAUACGCAGAUCUAUGGAAACGGGAACCAAACAGUUUGGCAUGUGCAUUGCUGAUGAACUAAAAGGGUUUGCAGACCACGGCUGUAUGCUGCAGGUGAGAGAUGUCAAGUUUUUUCCUGAUGGACGGUCUGUGGUGGACACCAUAGGCAUUGCUCGUUUCAAAGUGCUCAGUCAUGGGCAGAGAGAUGGAUACCACACAGCCAAGAUUGAAUAUUUAGAGGAUAAGAAGGUUGAAGGAGAGGAGUUGACAGAGCUCCUGAAAUUGCAUGACUCAGUGUAUGAUCAGGCCAUGGCCUGGUUCACUUCACUUAAAGAUGAUAUGAAGAGCCAAAUCAUCAGCCACUUUGGGCAGCUGCCUGUCAAAGACUCUGAGCCACAGGGGAACCCCAGUGGCCCUGCGUGGUGUUGGUGGCUAUUGGCUGUGUUGCCGCUGGAAAACAAAGCCCAGCUGACCAUCCUUGCCAUGAACACUCUUAAGGACCGGCUGAUAGCCAUCCGCAGGGUCCUCAUUUUUGUAACUCGCAAGCGCCCUCGGUGAUAAAUGAGGACUUGGUGAUAAAUGAGGACUUAUCAAAAUUAACCCAUAGCUUGGGAAUGCUGCUUCAGGCUGGGGUCACAGAGGUGUCUUCCAGCAGCCAUUUUGGUCAGUUAUUGCAUAAUGCAGCCCUCACCAAUUAGUGAAAUUGUGCAAUAAUAAUAUCUGCAUCUUAAUAUGAUAAUUUAGACUCAUCAAUUAGCAGUGGUGUUAUAUCAUAAUGUAGUCAUUGUAUGAAAGAGCUUGUAAAUGAUGGCCUACAUUAGGAAGCUCUCAUUUAGUUCAGGUGCAGUCAGACCAUACACAAGUUUUACAGUAGCAACAAACAUUAUGAAAACAGUGGGAACUUUUUUUUUUUAAGCACUUUGUUUUUUGAAAAUAUCACCUGUUUUGUGCCUAGAUUGUGUGUAAGGCUGACCAAAUGCUUCCCAUGCAAGUAUUGCAAGUAUCAAUACUGGCCUUAUUAUGAGUUAGGGAAAAAAAAAAAAACUGCAUAAUUUUGGAAAUGAGCAGCCACCUUAUUUCCAUAUUGUAAAAUGUCAAAGUAAAACUUAUUUUGACUUAAUAUAAAAUGACAUAUAUUGUAACUAUGCUUUCUCUCUAUCUUUAUUUCUUAUAUCCAUUUUGAUGUCUAGUUAAUUCAGAAACUAUAAAUUUAGUCAUAAAUUGCAAUGUUCUGCUGAUGUCCAUUAAUUAUUCCCCAUGGGUAUAAAAUAGUCUUGUAGGCCAUACUCUCCAAGCUUGAAUACAGCCUUAAUGAUAUUUAGUAACAACCACAGGUGUUUUUUUAUAUUUCAGGAGUCUGUGAUUUUUUUUUUUUUUUUUUUCUUCCCCUUAAAUUGAAUCGUCAUUGGGAAAAAUUGAAACAAUGUGUACAUUGCAAAUGAGAGCCAAACUGUGUGAAGUCAUACUGUAAAUUAAGAAACAGGCACUCUUUUUUAUGUGCAAGACUGUGAUGGGUGGUUUAUGUCUAUUUAAUAAUCUUUAUAGUCUAUAAGAGGCCUUUGAACAUUCACAUCCUUUUUCUUCUAAUUUUUCUUGUCUCUUUGUGAUGUGCAUGUCUUGUGUAUGUUCAUUAUCUACCAUUUCCUGUGCAAGUUACUACUUAGAUGCUGCAUUUUUUCAUGUAAAUUUGUACAUCAGUAUAAAAUAAAACACAUUUUGUAUUUUAAAGCAAAA